CUCUUUUCAAUAUGGCUGCCAUGCUGGUGCAAGGGUCGAAGUGUUUACCAAGAUAUGUGUGUAGAUUGACACUAUUAAGAAACUCACCAUGGAAAAGGAAGAUCAAUAACUUUGCUAAAGAGAAGCAUCCUUUGAGUGGAUCCAGACGGGCAGCAUCAUUGAAACAGUGUGAAAACCUGAAACUAUUACAGAAUAUUUCGAAGCUUCAAGUUGGAUCCGGAGGUAGACGUAGUUUCCAUCAGUCCGCAGUAUUUUGUGAUGAGUUUAAGAUUGUCAACACACCUCAGUUUGCUGAGUCGGUGACAGAGGGAGAUGUCCGCUGGGAAAAGGCUGUGGGAGACUAUGUGAAAGAAGACGAAGUUGUCUGCGAGAUUGAGACAGAUAAGACAUCCAUCUCAGUGCCCAGUCCUGCAGCAGGCUAUGUGGAAGAGCUGUUUGUUCCAGAUGGAGAGAGGGUGGAGCCUGGUCAACAACUCUUCAAACUCAAACUCUCGGGUGAUGCUCCAGCUGGCGGUACAGAAAAAGUGGCAGAUGCCCCAGCCCCUACUGAAACAGCUGCACCUGCAUCAUCAGCACCUCCAGCUGCUGCAACAGGAAGUGGCCCUAUCCCCACCACGCCUCCACCAGUACAGCCUCUGCCAUCCGGACCCACUGCAUCUGUCCCUGUAGCGGCCAUUAAACCCACACCAGCCACUCCUCAGGGCGCCAGUGUACCUGCAGAAGGAGCCAGGACAGAAACCAGGGUGAAGAUGAACAGAAUGCGUCUGAGGAUUGCCGAGCGUCUGAAGGAGGCCCAGAACACAUGUGCUAUGUUAACAACUUUCAAUGAAAUAGACAUGAGCAACAUAAUGGACAUGAGAAGUUGCUACAAGGAUGCUUUCCAGAAGAAGUAUGGUUUGAAGCUCGGGUUCAUGUCGGCUUUUGUGAAAGCCUCAGCUUUUGCACUGGAAGACCAACCUGUGGUGAACGCAGUUAUAGACGAUAAAGAAAUAGUUUACAGAGACUACGUAGACAUUUCUGUGGCUGUGUCGACUCCAAAGGGCCUGGUGGUGCCAGUUUUACGGAAUGUAUCAAAUAUGAACUAUGCUGAUAUAGAAUUAGAAAUAGCUGCUUUAGGGGAAAAGGCUCGGGCUGGUGCCUUAGCAAUAGAAGACAUGGACGGAGGGACGUUCACCAUCAGUAACGGAGGAGUGUUUGGCUCGCUGUUUGGGACACCAAUCAUCAAUCCCCCACAGUCGGCCAUCUUGGGGAUGCAUCGGAUAGACCAGAAGGCUGUAGUCAUCAAUGGAAAGAUUGAGAUCCGACCAAUGAUGUAUGUAGCCCUUACUUAUGAUCAUCGACUUGUAGACGGAAGGGAGGCUGUGACAUUCUUACGAAAAAUUAAGUCGGCAAUAGAGGACCCCCGAGUGUUACUUCUCAACUUAUAGCACCACUGAACUGUAUAGAAACUUUCGUCAUUUUAAUGCAUUAGCUCAUGCUAUCCUUGAUCGGGAUAUUCCAACAAGUAUUUAUUUUGAGGUGAUGCUUAAGACCAUCGUUGCCAUGGACAUGUAAGAAACAACAUGUGUCACCAGAGCGUAUGAAACUGACUAUGAACUUAUAUGACACAAUAGAAACAAAGUUUUGUGAUAGUUUGUGAAAUCGAUAAUUUAUUCAAACAGUUCAGUAUGAACUUACAACUGCCAUCGUUUCUAUGUGUUUCUAAAUCCAUGUGAAUUAGGAAUGGUACACAGAUAUGGACUUCACCCCACCUAUUCCUUAUAUAACAUCAACUUACAGGUGUCUCAAGUCUAUGAUCAGUUUUGGAAUACAUUUUGUACCCGUAAGGCAGUUCAUCAGCUAUAAGGUUAAACUAGUUUAUCAGUAGAAAUUUGUUUGAUGGUAUGUGAUCCCUACUGUAUUUUUUUCUGUUUUAAGUAAUCUCAAACAAUCACUGAGAAAACAAACAAAAAAUAUAUCAGAAAAACAUACUGUAAAACGUAAAGUAUUUACCCGUCUUGUUUUGCCGUUUUCACAAUAAUGAACAAGAGGGCAAAUUAAGGGGUUGAAAUCUGUUUGUACGAUUCACGAAUAGUAAGUGAAGUCUGAAAUGGAUGUUGGGGGUUGGGUUGGGUUGGGGUUGAAUUCAGCAGGGAUGACGAAUCACAAGGGUAGAAUUUUUAAAAUUGUUGAAAGAUUAUGCUUACAGUAUGACAAUUUGAAAAGUGAACUAUCUCAAUGAUUAAAGAUCUGCAUUACUCUAAAAUCUGUUACCUUACUAAGGAAAUUGCCUAAUAAAACAUAAUGAAGUCCUGCACAUCAACUUCAUCAUAAUUUGAUGUUUUAAUUCUGGAAGGUCAUACUAAACCUAUAAGUUACUUUGUGGUAAAUGUGCUUGUAUAGGUGGUAGAAGUUCAGUGGUAACUUGUACAUUACCGGUGUAUUACCACAAGACGUUUUUAACCCCCAUGUAAGUGGAGGGAAAGAGAUCUUAGAAUGAUUUGUUUUAUGACCCAUAGAAAAACUGUUGAUGGACAGAAAUCUCAAUUACAGUAUAUACCUAAACAAAGAUGACCACCAAUUAAAAAAACAUGUUUACCCAUUCAUCCCUGAAGUCACAAUUGAACCUCACCAAAUCAAAGAGUGGGCAAGUCCAUUUUGAAAAUUUAGGGGUGGAUGAGUUAAUAGAUGGAAAUUUUACGACAAAGCUAUUCUGUAACAUAAAUAAUGUGCCACUGUAUACGUUAUUCAGUGAUUUGUUGGAUUAUCGCAGUGUUGUCCGUCAGUGUCUGUUAAAUAAGUCUGAAUGACCAUUAUUAAAGAUUGUUAUAGAGGUUUCCUACUGUUUAACCUUUUUGCUGUAAAGAAGAUACAUUUUUGAGUACAGUAGCAUAUGUUUCCUAAUAAAACUUGAUGGCCAGUAACACCUUGACGAGGGGAGACAAUUAGGACAACUGUAUUAGAAUCCUCAGGAUUCACUGCAAAUUCCCCACCAUUUACCAGAAAUAUUGAUCAGAGCUAAUGAAUACUGAAAAUCAUUUAAGCCACAGGACUAUAUGGCAAAUUAUGUAUUUUUGCAUAAUAAAAGUAUAACUAGAUAUAUAUUUCGCAAGACCAAAUGUUCUCUCAAGCAGGGAUCCAAACUAAAGAUCUGAUUGAUGGGGAGAGUCAUACAUUCUUUCCUUUUGGGAAUCAUUACACAGCAAAGUCUGGUUAAAUAUCAAAUAUUGGGUUGCGAGAGUUAGUAGUUUAUGUAGAAAGUGAUUAAAAAUGUUAUUAAAAUUAUUUUAAUUUUUAAUGUCACUAAUUUUAUAAUGAAACUCAAUCACCCAUCAGUUAUAGCAAAAAUCUGUAUUACGAGUUCCAAUAUGUGGUAGAUUCUGGAUUAAUGCUAGUAUUACGAUUAUACAAAAGGUUUUGGCAAGCUCCGACACCAUUGUGUUAAGUAAUGGAAAGUAAAAAAUUUCCCUUAAAUCCGUCUAUUCCCGGGUAAUGUAUUACCAAGUAACAGGCUACAAUUAUAAGGGCAUUGAUCAUUGUAGACAUGCGCUUUUUUGCAUUUGGCAGAAUGGAGAAAUAUAUUUAUUCUUCUUUAGUUUAUGUUUUCCUUUGUUAUUUCUACCUCUGUUUUUGGAUUUUAGGUUUUAACAAUCAUUAAAAAUUCUUUCAUUGCCAUAUUGUCUCCACGAUGUAGUUUCUGUAAAUGUUGGGCGCGUCAACCAAUCAUUUUGGUUCAAUAACAAGACUGAGGGAAACAACGUUGUAUGUAGUAUUGUGAUGAUUAUAGCUACGAUAACAAUAUCCGAUUGUGUGUGGAUGUAAGGAGAACAUUCGGUUACUUUAUCAAAUUGUAUCCUUGUGGAUAGAACCUGAAUACAAAUUAUGACCAGUAGUCUCUUUUCUGGCGUAUAUUCCACUAAUGAUAUAUUGUGUACCGGGAAUUUAUUCGCCCAGUUAAACUUUCACCCUCAACUUAUAAAAUCCAUAUUUGCCCUCCACAUUGAUAUAGUGAAAAUGUUCCAGUAUACAGCAUUACAGAAUUAUACAACAAUGGGGAGUCUCAGCAAAUUUAAUCCAGUUUACAUGUUUCAGACCUCCAGGUGGUUCUGAUGAAGGCCCACUUAGAGGGCCGAAACUUGUAAACUGGAUUAAAUUUGUAGAUUCCCCAUUUAAUUCGAACUAAAUAGAUUCAGGGGUUCACUAGAUAUCUUGUACAAAAGAUUUACUAUGGAUGGAGGGACAUGUCGACAAAGAGAUGACUAUAUAAUUACCAGUCAUUUUUAAACAAAUUUUGUUUCUGGAUAAGGUAUCUGAAAGAAAUAAAAGGUUUCCACCUAUC